GGAAGUGGCGGGGCGGGGACCGGAAUCGCCGCCGUCGUCGCGGAAACGGGAGCCGGGAGCCGAGCCCGCCAUGGCUGAGACCGACCCCAAGACCGUGCAGGAUCUCACCGCCGUGGUGCAGACACUGCUUCAGCAAAUGCAGGAUAAAUUUCAAACCAUGUCUGACCAAAUAAUUGGAAGAAUUGAUGACAUGAGCUGUCGCAUUGACGACCUGGAGAAGAACAUAGCAGACCUCAUGACGCAGGCAGGAGUGGAGGAAUUGGAAGGAGAGAACAAGGCCCCUGCUACGAACAAGAGUUAAAGUGAGACAGUUGCUUGCUAGCCCUGAAACAAAUCCUCAGGUUGCCAGUAACUUAAGAUGAAUCCUGGAAGACUUUUUUUUCUACAAAUCCUUGGAAUUACGUAACAGCUUUUUGCAACUAUUGUGUGUAAAAGCAUUUUUAUAUUGUUACAGAGCUUGCAUUCCUAAUGUAUAUUGUAUAGUUAGGGAUAGGUUAGUUUAUAUUUUGAUUUGUGUACUGUAAUUUCACUUUUUGAAUUCUUGUUACGAGGAUCAAUUAGUUGUGUUAUUAAAACACAGAUCUUAUGGAUCUCAACAACUGGGUGUAUUUUUUUGUGAAGUCACCUUUUUCGCUUCCUUGCACUUUUUCUAGACGUUUCAUUUUUGAUAGCUAAACAUCUAGUGACUCCCUUCAAACAGAAAUCUUACCUUGUCCCACGUAACUUUGUGGAGUGAAGCACAAGAUUGAAACUUGGCAUUAAUCUUAGCUUUAAGCAUCAGUCACUUAACCAGUUGAAGACUUUGUUGUUUUCUCAUGAAUGUAAUAAGGUGAUUUUGGAAACAUGAGACGCUGAACAUCAAAAUCCUAUCUCCUACUCUUGGUAUUACAUUACCUGUGUGUUCCUGGAACAUGAACCAGCAGUAGAGAUUUAGCAUUAGAGACACCUUUACACAGUUGAGCGACCACUGCCUUUCAAAUCUGUUAUAUUUAGACAGACAAGGAACUAUUAACUAUGAAAAAAUCUCACUAUGGGAUUUAAGCUUUUUAAUACUGUAAAAAAUUUACUUUGAAACUGACAAUGUAUCAUUUAGCAUCACCUUUGAACAAUAAUUAAGGUUAAAGUAGUGAUAGUGGUCAGAAUAGGGAUGGGAUUGUGGGAGUGUCUGUGGUCUUUCUGUUUAACUCCCUGGCUUGUACUGAACAGUUUGCUAACAAAGCAAUGAUAAACUCAGCAGCAAGAAAGGAGAGGACCCACUUAGAGUUGUAAAGCCUUGCUUCUCUUCGAGUAACAGCUAGCCAGAAAUCUUUAAAUACUUGGUUUAGAAAGGUGUUUGUUUUAUAAUCAUAUCCACAUUUAUAGGCCUGGAGUUUAAUGGUUUACAUUGGAGUAUUUUGGCAAUGAAAAGUAUAUAUAGACCAGUCUGUACUAUGUCACUUGUGAAGAAAAAUGACCGAUGUCGGCUGUUACUGACAAUCACUGCAACGCUCCUCCAGCUUGAAGUACAAAUUUAAGAAAGGAGUAGUGGCAGCCAGCAGUUAUAUGUGGAUCACACUUAAGACUGCUCUUUGACUGCCACCAAAUUAGCACCUGUGUAUUCUGAAGGCGAUACGACAGGUCAUUUUUCAAAACUGAGGGGAAAUUGUAAUAAAAGCUCAUAAUAAUAGGGGGAAUUUGUGAACACAGGAAAUGUAUCAAUAUACCUUGUAAUACCAGCCUUAGGCUCUUUGUAAUGUCAUUUUAAAAAAAUCUAAUAAACUAUUAUGUGGUAACAAA